AUGCAUACGCCAUGCCAAGGGCAAACGGAUCCUGUUCCUUUUUUGCUAUGCACGCUGCCAAGCGAACUGCGCGGACCUGCUGAGACAGAUUCUUCGCGCUUGGACGCGUCACCUCGAGGUGCCUUGCGUCCAUACGCUGAUGAGAACGGCGAGGUAGGAACUGCUCCUGCUUGGACGCGACGAAACGUAUCGCAAGCUGAAACCGGCUCGCUUGCAGUUAUGCCGCCUCAGACUCGUCCGAUAUCAAGAAUACCGAACAAUGCUUACGGAGCGAUGCAACAGAUUUUGAAUCCAACGACAGCAUCAUCCGCUGCAUCACUGGGUCCGAUUCUGCCCUGGAGCGCUUCAGUCGUGUCGCAGCGGGAACCGAACGAGGCAGCCCAGCUUCAUCUGUCUCUGGAGGUGUUGGCGGGACCAGAGCUGCUCGAGCCUGGAACAUCUACACUCUACAUGGUCUGUAGGUGGAAUCAGCGCGCAAUCCUAGUUGCAGUGUCGAUUGCUUCGGCGGCUGCGUCCCGAUGGUGGCUACUCGAACAGCCUGCCUUCGAAGAAGCCGAUGCUUCGAAUUUGCAACGGGUAUCCCAGAUAUCGCCGAGGGACCAGCAGACACCAGCGCACAUGCACGGGAAGAGGGUAUCUUCCGCAUCUGCGGCGCCGUUGCAUGUGCACUCGUCUCCAGGGGCCUCCUGUGAAGCACAGACGCAGUCGGUGAUGGAGAGUUCCUCCAGUGGUAGGGUGUUCACGGCUGCUGAUUGUUCUGCUGCUGCUGCUGUUGCUGCUGCCCCGAGGCCAGUUUGGGAUGCUUGCUUUGUUCCCAGUGGGCAGACGGCGGAUGCAUCAGCGCUGCAAAAGGCACCAGCGUCUGUUGAUGAGCAGCAGGAAAUGGACUUGAUUUCUACUACUACUUCUCCUGCCACUGCUGUUGCAACGCACUGGCUCUGGAUAGCUUAUGAGCAAGGCAUACUAGCUUGCUUCAGAGUACCGGCGCUGGAAACUGGAGCGUUGCUCUCUACCUUGAUCCAUUCAAACGAAGCUUGCACAUCCAGCUCUAUAGGCGGCGUUGCAAGCGUGCAAGCUCACCUCUGGGGUCGAGAUACGUAUCACCGUGUCCCGAAUGCUGAUCAAGGCCAGACAGCGGCCUGGACUGAGGACCGCUGCGCCCUCAACGCCUCUGCCAAAGGUCUCGUAAGCGUUUCGCAUCCCGACGGCUCCGUUCUAGUGCUGGAUACCAUUGCGCUCGUGACGACUGUGGGUGACGUUCCAGAUUCGACGGACGCCUGUGAUACGGCAACCGCUUGGGUUCACGAAUGGUCGUUACCGCAAAAGGCUAGAUCAACCUGGAUCAGCGCGCACUGGAUCGCUCAUCUACCCGACACGGUGCAGCAAGGCCAGCAGUCUCGCAGUGACGGAGCAGGGGCGUCGAGAUUUUACGUGAUCACAGCUGGUCGCUCUCCUGCAGUGGGUGUCUGGGCUGCUCCAUGUCCGAGUCGUGGUGCUCGCGCCGCAGCCACCGCCUACAAGCUCGCGAAAAAAUGGCAACAGCAGGCGAAGCGCUUGAUCAAGAACCUUCCAUACCAGUGGCACUGGGAUCGGAACGCAGCGCUCCAACUAGGGAGCACUGGGCAACGAACGCGGUGUCCAGCGGACUCGAGAGUGCAAGGACCAGGGCCGGAUGCCGGCAUACGAGCUAUGUUCUCGAAGAACGAGCAGUUGCCGGCAGCAGCGUCCUCUCAAGGUGCACCGGGGACCUCCACUGGUGCUGUUGAUCCAGAGACUCUGGAUACGUCGAUGAGAAUGGGCUCACAUCACGGGCAUCAUUUCUCAGGUACAGAUUGUGCAGAGCAGGUCGAUUUGAAGACUGCUCCUGCGGACUUUUCGCUGGUGUAUCAUCCAGCGCUUAUACAGCGGCCGCGAGAACACCAUCGUGCGAUGUACCAUUCGCAACGCUUUCUGGAAUGGGUCCCACAGCGAGAAACGCUUCGUUUGGAGCGCGCCUUUGACGAUAAUGGUUCGCAUCAUGUGGUGCAGUGUGCGAGAUGGAGUAAUCGUCGGCGGGCCGGUGGUGUUUCCUGGUUGCUGGCUGUCGACAGAGCUGGACGGGUGCUCGUCUUUUAUGCAAGUGACAGGGCGCUUUACCCGAUCUACUUGCAUAAAGCGGUGCCCGCCGUGCAUGUCGCGUGGAUAGAGCAUGUUGUAGUGGAGUCUCCAGAACGCCUGCAGGGGUCCGAUGGAACCAAGACGCAGGCGGAUAUCAUCGCUGUACCGAGUCGAACGCCUAGAUUUCUCACACUCAGUGCGCAGCGGGGAUUGCUAUCUCUGUUUGCCCUUGGAGAGCCGGAAACGCCCUCUCCAGAACGAUCUAGUAACCGUCGACGCUCGGGUUUACCUCGUCCCUGGGUUCGACGGGUGGCCUCCUGGCAGGUGCCGCGCGAUGCACGGCUACUCCCGGGAGGUACGCUGCUGAUGCCUGAUGGGGGGCUUGUCGUCUGGCACAAGUUGUCUAGAAGAGCAAAAGACUCGGCACCACACCCGCUGUCUGAGCAGGAAUCCGUAGUGUCUUUUGAGGCACGGGCACAGGAGACAGCCUCGUCGGCAGCGAAAGGGCCCCUGGUCGUGAACCAAAUGCCCGGGCGCACUGCAACACCAGGGGACAGCGUAAUCCCCGGGACGUUCGCACAGGCCCGUACCACCACCAUCGAUCUGCCAAGCGCACUGCCGUUCGGGCCAGAGAACGACGUUCCAGAUGCUGUAUCGCCAAUGCGGUCGGUAAGUUCGAAAGACGGGACUCGUGAAUCGCACGAGCGUUCUCCAGCGCUGUCCGCUCGAGCUUGGCUUCGAUCCGUGCUACCCGAGUACGUCAUGAAAAUGAUUGAGCAAAAACGAGGUCAACUGCAGCUGCAGGGACUCUUGGAGAAACAAGCACCAGAAGCUGCCACAGCAGCACCGAUGGAAACCGCAUCUCCACCAGAAGUAAUAUUAUGUUCGGAACGAGCACAUGAUGGUGCAUGCAACGAGUCGAUGUCCAAGGCAGAGCAUCUUUCCCAGACUAUAGACGCAAUCCUGGUGUCGCUGGAGGAUGCGAAGGAAGAGCGGGAUUCUUUACCGAGCACCUUGGAAGCGCACUCCGACGCAAAGCAGUCAGGCCUCGAGGCCGUCGGCGAUGCGACAGGACACCGAACACCCCCAUCGCUGACCUGCUGGCUCGAGCGCAUUCAUUUGCUGCUAUGGGAACUCAUCACUGCAACCGAAUGGCUUCCUUGUGCAUGGGACAGCAUUGACAAACGCGCUCUCGCGGAAAUCGUGGCCACCACAGUUAACCGAGCCUGGAUUCGCUGGGAAGCACUCGUUCACGAGCACCUGAACGACGCUUGGCCUCGCUCCUGGAUCCUUUUCUGGCGACAAGCGGAGUACGUGGAAGCGCUAGCGCUCUGGUACGCUUCGCUUACAAAAGCGUCUGCGGUACGCGUUCACGGGACGUUACGCUUCCUGGACAAAAACCCUGGGCACGCCUCUUCGGCACCUGACACAAUACCCACAUUUCAUCAGGUUCUUGAGACCUUCGAGAUAAGGUGGAGCACUGCGCCAGCCCCGGGCGCCUCUCUCAUUCUCAUGUUGCAUCGCGAGAAGUGGCAAUCCGCCUUACCUGAAACCCGUUGGAUUGAAACGGCUCUCGCAAGCGCACUUGUUCCUAACGAUGCAAACCGACAAGUACACAAUAUGACAACAAUGACGACGAAUGCAGGGCAUACCCCUGUACCUGGAAUUGAUGCGGAGGCGUUGCUGGCUACCGGCCUGAGCACCGUCGAUGUUGCCUUUCUUGUCAUUCGUGUAAUUUUUCAGACAUUUCUGGAAGGAUCACGGACCCGUUCACAACGCAGAUGCGCACCAUUUCGAUACGGUACAGAUGUGGAUAGGACGUUGAGCGGGGGCGAUGCGCUUCGUAUGCGGCACGCCCUCGAGGGCUUCGUUCAGGACACCUGGCUACACCCGAUGCAACGAAUAUGGCAAACGUUCUGGGCGGAAAGCGCAGCAGUACCGAUGCUUCACGCUCCGUCCACGAUGGAUACGCUCUUCUUUGAUGCGAUACUGCAUAACCCGCCGAUCCCAGGUGCUACAGCGCUCCAUAUCCUGUAUUCGAUGGUGCGCGGCCAUGACCCGUUGACACGCACCGCAGCGUCGAUAGCGCCACGCGGCAGUGCACGCGGCGUUUCAGUGCUGUGGAUGCAAAAGCUACACGACGUAGUCGAAUGGGCGUUUUGCAGCUGGUUUGCAGCACAGCAAUUGCUCCGUCCGUUUCUCGAUCACGAGCACGUCUGGCUUGUUGAUGACUGGAGUGUAUUUCGGUGGAACACGUGCUUCGGUGGGCCCGUUCUACCAUUGCAUGAUGAUUGCGAUCGAUGGAAAGCCGCCAAAGCGCCCGGGCAUAUCGAUGAUCGAAGCGAUGAGGCCGGGUGCGGUAACUCGCCUGCCGCGUUGCGUUCGGGAACGGCGCACUGGGGAGAUGCUGUCUACGUCGCGGAAACCAGAGACGCGAUGCACCGAGCUCUGGGCAUCAGUCUACGUCUGGCGAUGGGUCAUGAUGUGCGCGUUGCGUUAGCGUUGCUGCGGCACCUUGAUACGGCAAAGCUGCCCAUGACCAUCGCGGAUGAUGAUCUUGUCGAGCUGGUGCGUAUCGCGCGAGCGCAGCUGGCCCUGGCGAUCCGCGAGCAGCCGGAACGCUCGGCGCUUCUUCGACUCGCGGUAUCAGGCGAAGUGUUUGCUUGGAUGCAGAGAGACGCAGAGCACUGCGCAACAGAGCAUCCAUGCAUCCAAGACUGGUCCAUAUGGUUCUCGGUUACAGAGGCUUUGGCAGCGUUCGCAGCGGACCAGACAAGCGAACUGGUUGUUCGCCUCGUGCAACUGGCCAGCUGCUUUGCAGUGCUCGCGCAUCCGCAGUAG